AUGAUCGACAAAAUUUUUGGACAUCUUAUGAAAGUGUUGGUGUUUACACCAUCAAAAGAUUUUGAUGACUUUGUUGGCAUGGAAGCUCGUAUCAAGGAGAUAAAGCUGUUGUUGAGCCAACAAUCCGAUGAUGACGUUAAGAUCAUAGGGAUCGUGGGUCCUGCUGGGAUUGGUAAAACGAGCGCUGCCAGAGUUUUGUACAACCGGUUCUCUCUUGAUUUUGAGUUCAGCACGUUUAUUGAGGAUAUCAGGGGGAGUAGUGAGAUGCCUUCUCUCGGUGGCUCCCAUCAUAAGUAUCAGUUGGAUUACCAGAAAGAAUUACUGUAUAGGAUUUUCAACCAAAAGGAUAUUAAGGUUGAUCACUUGGGACUGGCUAAGCAAAGGCUAAGAGACAAAAGAGUGUUGAUUGUUCUUGAUGAAGUGGAUUGCUUGUUGAAACUAGAGGCAAUGGCAAACAAGCCUGAUUGGUUUGGUCCCGGAAGUAUAGUUGAGGCAUUUGAGAUCUUCUGCCAAUAUGCUUUUCGUCAAAAAACUCCAGAUGCUGGUUUUUAUGGGCUUGCUUGGGAAGUUACUGAACUUGCUGGUCGUCUUCCUCUAGAUUGUGAUUUGGAUGUGGACCAUGGGCUUCAUAACUUAGAGCAGAAAAGUCUCAUAUCCAUUGAAUACGGAUAUUUAGAGAUGCAUAGAUUACUGCAACAAAUGGGUAGAGAUAUUGUGAAGAAAAUGACGGAGGAGAUUGGAAAGCGACAGUUCUUGACGGAUACAAAGGAUAUUUCUGAUUUACUUGAAGAUGAAGAUACUGGUACUACUGGAAACAAAGUUAUAGGCUUAAAGCUAAAACUGUUCAUGUCAUGGAUAGAGAAGGAUCUCAGAAUAAGUAAAAGUGCCUUCAAAGGGAUGAAGAAUCUCCAGUUUCUAGUAAUCGACUCUAGGAACGUGCGCAUACCCAAAGACCUCAGCUGUCUUCCCAACAAACUCAGAUUUCUAGAGUGGCAUAACUAUCCAUUGACUUUUUUGCCUUGCAAGUUUUCUGGCAAGUUUCUUGUCGAACUGAUCAUGACAGACAGCAAACUUAAGAAGCUUUGGGAUGGAAUCAAACCUCUCCUACGUCUCAAGCGGAUGGUUUUGAGGGGGUCUCGGUGUCUGAAAGAGAUUCCGGAUCUCUCAGAUGCGACGAGUCUCGAGGAACUAGAUCUCGAUGAUUGCCAAGGUUUGUUAGAGCUCCCAAGCACGAUUGGCAAUGCCACUAAGCUUAAAAGGUGCAUACUUAGCCGUUGCUUUCUUUUGAAGAAGCUCCCCUCUUCUAUGGGUAGGUUAAUCAAUCUCGAGGAACUAGAUCUCGACGAGUGCGAAAGCUUGUUAAAGCUCACAAGCACUAUUGGCAAUGCCACUAAGCUUAAAAGGUGCAUACUUAGCGGCUGCGUUCUUUUGAAGAAGCUCCCCUCUUCUAUGGGUAGAUUAAUCAAUCUCGAGGAAUUGGAUCUCAUACAGAGCACGGGUUUGAAAGAACUCAGUGGUUUCUCGAGUCUGGAAAAACUCAGUGGUUGCUCGAGUUUGAAAACACUCAAUCUGAGCUGGACUGGAAUAUGGGAAGUGCCGUCACCAAUCAGAUUUAAUUGGUCUUGUCUUAAUAAAUUGGAUAUGUCUGGGCGUAGAAACCUCAAGGAGUUCCCAAAUGUUCCUGACAGCAUUGUAGAGUUGGUGUUGUGCAAGACAAGUAUCGAGGAAAUUCCUCCAUGGAUUGAGAAUCUGUCUCGUCUGCGCAAACUAAUCAUGUAUGGAUGCGAGAAGCUGAGAAAGAUAUCUCGGAACGUUUCUAAGUUAGAGAAUCUUGAGUUUCUUGGUCUACGUAACAGUGGCGAAAGUGAGGAUGAUGAUGUGGGUGUAAAUGAAGAUCAUCCUGACAUAUUUGAAGCAGUAUUCAAGUGGGGGGACCCUCACUUGAAGCGCGGUUGGACAUUACUAUCAGACUUAGAGGUUGACUACAUUUUAUCGAGAUGUCUACCCGCGAAGGCGCUAUCAUUAUGUUUAAGGAGUUACGGUAUCUACGCUAUUCCAGAUUGCAUCAGAAGCCUCUCGGGACUCAUUAAGCUUGACGUCAAAGGAUUCAGAGUGCUCGAAGCACUUCCACCCCUUCCAGAUUCCCUUCUAUGUAGAUGCAGAAGACUGUGUAGAAUUGAAGAGAAUAAAAUCUUCUUUUCAAAAUUCCAAUAUUUGCCUAAACUUUGCCGGCUGCCUCAGCCUGAAUCAAAACGCUAA